AUGACCAGUAUGUCAAUUAUUGAUGAUGAGAACGUGAAAAAAACUUCUAAUGGGGCAGCUGUUGUCACUGAUGUGGCUCAACACGCUGUAAGUGAUUCGGACAAUAACAAAGCGCAACUUCUAGGCGAUGGAUCCAACACUGAAUAUGUGGUUGAUAUUUUCAUUGAAGCCGCUAAGGAUGGGGAUUUAAAAGUGGUGAAGGACGUGGUCGAAAGUGGAGCAGUGGAUAUUAAUAACGACCGCAUUGAUGAAUUAUCCGGCUUACACUGGGCCUGUAUAAACAAUAGGUUUUCUGUAGCAAAGUUCCUAUUACUUAGGGGAGCAAAUCCUAACCAGGCGGCAGGCCCCGGAGGGGCUACUGCUUUGCACUGGGCCGCAAGGUACGGUAAUAUCUACAUUGUUGACCUGCUUCUCAAACAUGGCGCUGAUCCGACGCUCAAAGAUGAGCAGGGUCUUAACAUCAUGCAUUUUAGCGUUUACAGUUCUAACAUUUUACUUGUUGUUUAUGUUCUUUAUUUUGUCGUAAACAACAAUGACAACGUCGAUAUCGAUUCAAAAGAUAACAAUAACAGAACACCCCUACUUUGGGCUGCUUAUCAAGGAGAUUUUCUCACUGUAGAACUUUUAUUGAAAUUUGGCUCCACAGUUGCAUGGACGGACAACAGAGGGUUCAAUGCUCUCCAUUGUGCUCUAGUUGGAGGUGAUCAAAGGGUCAUAUGUGACUUAAUACUUAGCGGUGCAAAUUUCUACGAAAGGAAUAACCAGAAGCAAGACUGUUUUGAUCUAGCCGAAGGAAUGGGAACCAAAUCACUUUUUGAACAAGCGUUGCAACAUCAUGGAUAUGACAGGCUUGGAAAUCAGAAAGACAAACUGUUCAAGAAAAGCUCGCAUGCACAAUUCACAAUUUUUUUGUCACCAUUUUUACUCAUGGUUUACAUAUACUUAAUUUCUCUCGUUCUUUCUCCAGUGCUAGCCAUUAUGCUUUCCCUACUGGUCACUGUUGUCAUGGUCAACACAUUAAAGAAGUUUGUAUUACCAUGCCUUCCCAGAAAAAACACUUACAAAGUUUCUUUGACUAGAACUCCCUUUUUCAGUGGCCUCUUUCUGUCCACUUUCUGUUUUUUAAUAUAUAUAUGGACGAAGAAACUCUAUCCAUAUAGUGUAUCUGACUAUACCAUGAAAAACGUCCAGUUUUUGGUUACUUCCUUUCUCACAGUUGUACUAUUUCUGAGAUUAGUACGGUCAGAUCCUGGUUGUCUGAAAACGGAUGAUAGUUUGACUUCGAUACAAGAAACAAUAAAACAACUGAUUGACUUAGGGAAGUUUGAUAGGGAAAACUUUUGUGUUGAGACAUUAGAAAGGAAGCCUUUGAGGAGUAAAUAUUCUUUCUUUAGCGGCGCCCUGGUGGCCAGAUAUGACCAUUAUUGUCCAUGGAUUUAUAAUGAUGUUGGCUUAAAAAAUCACAAACUUUUUGUCUUCUUUGCUGUGACGGUCCAAUAUCACAUGUUUUUGUUCAUGUGGUUAUGUCUGGCAUAUUUUAAGAAAACGAACUAUAUUUACGAACAAGUUGAAGAAUAUGCAAGAUGUGCCCUGCUCAAGAAUGAGACUUUGUGUAAGGGUUCUAAUUACGAUCCCUCUACCUUUUUUUUAUUCAUUUGGAUUAGCGUAAACUUCAUCUGGCUGGGGGCUAUGUUGAUUGUCCAGUUCUUCCAGAUAUUAAAAGGAAUCACGACUCCUGAAUUGUUCAUCUUAAUCAAGGAGGAGCACAAGGCAAAAUUUAUCAAUCUGAUACCCUUCGAAAACUCUAUAUAUACCAGUGAAAGUAAAGGUGUUGAAGAUAGUGAUAUGAUUCCUGAAGGUCCAAGUGCGACCACCAUUACUCACACAAUUUCUAUUGAUGGUUUGGAACCAAGAAAUAGGCGCCGCGCCAUUCUUAGCGCUUGCUUUUCAAUGAUGGGUAUUAAUCAAUGGCUCGUUACUAUUAAGGAAAUAGUAGGUAUAACCCACAUUUUGCAUGGACAGGUUCCACAACAACAUCACAGUUCAUUGCUUCGAAGUUUCUUAGUGACAAAUCACUGGAAGACGAAUUUGACGGAUUUUUGGCUUAAUAGUGAUGUAACAGCGCCCUUGUGGCAACGAUUUUUCUAUUCUUCGGAUACUUCAAAAGCUAUGUUGGGUGGAACUGAGGUUGACUACUACGAGCUAUACGAAUAUCCGGCCCGAGAAGGAGAAGUAUUACGUCCAAACUAA